AUGCUGGAAGAUCACAAAAAUUUCUCCACUAAUGAGCAAGUGUUGCUUGAAAAUGACAGUUUUGAUGCUAUGGACUUGACUCAGGUCGAAGGAAAUGACAAAGUAUUGGCAAGAAAGAUGUUCCUCAUCAACAAUGCUUUGGAUGAAAUUGGCCUCACCUGGUACCAUUUGAAACUUUUCUGUAUAGCAGGUCUAGGAUACUCUGCGGACUCACAAUUGACGUUAAUCCAGAGUUCUGUGAAAUCAUAUGUCGAUAUGCAAUUUGGUAGGACGUAUCCAGUUGCAACAGAAGUUUUUUAUGUUGGACUUCUUACAGGCUCUGCCUUCUGGGGUUUUGGAGGCGAUAUCAUUGGAAGAAAGACAGCAUUCAAUUCCAGCUUGUUUCUUGCAUCUGCUUUUGGUUUCUUGACCGGAGGAAUGAACUCCUAUGCCACAUACUGUAUUUUCAUGUGUUUAAGUGCGUUUUGUGCUGGUGGUAACCUUGCCUUGGACGUCACUGUGUUUUUGGAGUUUAGUCCCUCAAGAUAUUCAUGGAUUACAACUUUCAUGGCAUCUUGGUGGGGUGUUGGCCAGACCAUCGCCGUUUUGAUUGCAUGGGCAUUCCUUCCUUCCUAUUCCUGUUCUUCUAGUGAUGACUGCCCUUCUUCAAAGAAUAGAGGUUGGAGAUACUGUUGGUACACCAACUCUGGAAUCGUAAUGUUUGCGGCCCUAUUGAGAUUGUUUGUUUUCAAAUUAGACGAGACCCCCAAGUUUCUAGUAUCUAACGGAAGAGAUGCAGAAGCUGUGGAAGCACUUCAGAAAAUUGCUACCAAAUACAACCGUCCAUUAUCAUUGACAUUGGAACACCUCCAAGAUUGUGGAGUAGUGCAAAAUACUGUCAGUACUGGCAAAACUCCAACAUUGGCAGACACAUGGAAAGCAAUCAAGCAUCAUGUAUCAAUUUUGUUCCAGUCGAAAGUCAUGGCAUACUCGACCUGCUUGGUGUUUCUCUCGUGGACUUUGAUAGGUAUUGCCUACUCCACCUUUUUCAACUUCUUGUACAUUUACAUCUCAUUGCACGGAGGUUCUACGGGCUCUUCGCCUUAUAUUGUCUACCGAAACUCCACCAUUUCAUACUUUGUUGGAAUUUUUGGCCCUAUGGCUGCUGCUGCCAUGGUGAGAAUUCCCAAGGUUGGUAGAAAAGGUACUAUGUGCUUUGGAGGUUUGUCUGGGAUGGCCAUAUUAUUUGGCUACACUACUGUCAGAACACAGCAAGCCGAUGUUGGCUUUGCUUCUGCCACUUACUUCUUUGUCAACAUCUACUUUGCUGUUUUGUAUGCCUACACACCAGAGGUUUUCCCUGCUAGUGCCAGAACUAGUGGAGGUGCAUUAGCAUUGGUGUUUUGCAGAUUCAGCAGUGCAUUUGCUCCUGUUGUUUAUUACUUUGGUCAGAAAUCUGGUUCAGCAGUGCCAAUCUGGGUUUGUGGAGCCUGUAUUGGAGCUCUUGGAGGCAUAGCCUUAUUGUUGCCUUUUGAGCCAACCAACAAACGAUAUGUGUAG